CAUUUUUGAAACGACACAACACGAAAGUGCUAUUGUUGCGGAUGUGUGAAAAGAUUUUUAUGAAGUUAAUGAAAAAUAAUUUCUACAAGCUGCAUAAUUAUAAUAAAGGAAACAUAUUUCCAUAAUAACUUACAAGUUGUGAAUAGUGUCCUCUAUUAAGUUAAGGUCAGAAAUUGUAUUGUACAAUGUUUUUCUGGAAACCACAACAUUAGUGAAUUUAAAGGUGUAGUUGUCAUUGUGACGAAUUAUUUUUGUAGCCCGAAUGCCAGAGAACUUGCAUAAAUUAAAGAUAUAAUAAAACGGUACGAAAACAUCGAAAUUCAUUUUAUAUAAUUUAAAUAAGGCUUAAUUUUUGGAUCAUAAUUUCGUGUUUAUUCUACCGCGAUAUAAAUACAAUCAGAAUAACCACCGCGUAUAAUCGUUGGCGAUUCCAUCAACAUUUUUGUGUCGUUGCUGCUAGCAAAACGCAGCUGUUCGUCAUCAGCAAAGCGGGCGGGUAAAAAGAGGUUCUUUAUUGUGUUGUUGCUUUAUAGAAUCGAAUAAGCCUUGUGUGCACAAAAAGACAAGUUUUAAAUAUAUGUGUGAAGGGUAUAAAUCAGUUCCGUUGUCCUGUGGAUGUUGGUGUGCAUACAUCAAUAGUGAAGUGUAACAGAAGUUUGCAGAAUCACUACCUGCUCUUGUUUGAGAUAUUAGAAUCCGUAUAAAAAUGACGAUUCCAUCGCGUCCAGCGCCUGCACCACCAGUGGCCCGCGGUCAAAAUGCUGCCGCCGGUGCUAAUGCAAGUAUCGAACAACUACGCAUACAAUUACAACAACAACAGAUACAUCAGCAACAGAAUCGUGGCGUACAGAAAUUGACUAUAAGUCUACCACCACCACCGAAAGGUUCGACUGCAACGCCCAUGGUUAAUCGCAAUAACAGUAUCAGUAGCAACAACAACUAUAACAGUUUUAACAUGGACAGUAAUCAGUCGGCGAUAACACGAAAGUUUCCACAAGCACGCUACACGCCCACCACAAAUUGGGAGGAUGAUCCUUUCGGUGCCAAUGCAGCAGCUGCUGCUAAUACAAAUGGCAAUGGCAAAAAGGUGCCUCCACCACGGCCACCACCACCGAAAGUGCAAGUAAAUGGUCGUAGAGCGCCUCAACCACCAUCCACGCAUUCAACAAAGUUGCUGAGCAACAUUUUCAGGAGCAAAAAAAGCAGUAGUAGUAUUAGCAACAAUAAUAAUAAAGCAAAUAAGAUAUAUGGUGUCAGCAGUGGAGUUUAUGCCGUUAACAACACAUCCGUGUCAACAACAAACAGCAGUAGCACAACAACGUGGGGCACUACAAGCAAUGCUACAAAUAGUCAAAGUUGGCAGGCUAAUUGGAACAACAGUUACUCGUCCACAUCGCUUACAUCUCUGGGUGCUGUAAAUCCAGGUGGCACAGGUGUGCCGAGCACAACCGAAGCACAACUGAUCAGUUUCGAUUCACCACCAAGUUCGCCAACAUUCACACAGAAGUCCAAUAGCGAUUGCCUCAGCGUAGAUAGUUUCAGUUCGGAUUCGAAUUUCAGUUCGCCGAAUAAUGGUAGUGUCUCCCAACCGGAAAGCGGCUUCGAGGAUGACUUUAGUGCACGCAGUCGUCCAGCUACUACCAGUCCGCUGGAUCCUUGGGAAGCUUUUGAUAGCGGUUUCAAUACGGCGGUCGACAGUAUUUAUGGUAGUACAACAGCAACGAAUAGCAUCGGUACUGCACCGGUACGCAAUCUCAACACCAUCAAUUCGCGCAUUCAAUCAAGUAACGAUAAUCCGCUCUGUAAUGGAAAGAGUCUCCUACCACCGACGCCCACACUGAGUGUACCAACUAUUAUCAAACCAAAAGUAUCCCAGAAACCACGUGCACCUAAACCGCCGAUGUUGCAGAAAUCGCAGUUCACACAUGGUAAUGAUACAUCACUAACGCCACCAUCGCCUCCAAUGCCGAUAUGUGCGCCACCACCGCCACCGAACGGUGUAUCAUUGCUGGACGUCAUAUCAGGAAAAGCGGAUGCAUUGCAAUUGAAUGGUGCCAUUAAUGGUAACUUGGGUCUUGGCGCUGGUGUAGAGGAAACUAGGCCCCAUGGCAUUGCGCUAUACGCCUUUGAUGGUAUCGAAGAGGGUGAUCUCAGUUUUCGGGAGAACGAGAAAAUCUAUAUAUUGGAGCAGGUGAGCGCUGAAUGGUAUCGUGGUCGUACGCGCUCUGGCUGUGAAGGGAUUUUCCCAAUAAACUAUAUCGAUGUAAAAGUCCCAUUAGUAGAGGAAAAUGCCAAAACUAAACCGUUACAUGUACGAUGCCUCUACAAUUUCCCAGCCGAGUAUGACGGCGAUUUGGCUUUGACGCAAAAUGAAAUAGUGACCAUACUCUACAAAAUUAAUGAAGACUGGCUUUAUGGUGAAGUGGAUGGCCGACAAGGCCAAUUUCCAGCGAAUUUCAUUGAAUACUUACCCGAAAACAUACCGAUGGCAUAAGCAAGAAGUUUGAAAUGUAUUGCUAUACUAUACUAUACAAAUAUUGCAUACAUAUUUACAUGAUGAUAACUAUAAAAUGCCCGAAAUAUUACGCACUUAAAAAACUUAUGUAUUUGAAAUACCUUUUACACAGCACGUGUCCAUCUUACGAAUUGUAGUACCCGUAGUUUAUAUAUAAAAUAAUGUACUUGUGGAAGUAAAAAGUUGUGUCUCGAAAGUCUUGAGGAUGGCGUAAAGUGUAGAGUGCUUGCUACUUGGAAUUGAAAAUAACACGAACAUGUUUGAAUGUGAAGGCUGCAACAAAUAAAUACUUUCUUUAGAUAGGAGUUACAUUUACAUUUAUAAGAGUAAAAAAAAACUGAAUGUGCGAUACGCAUGUAGAUGUAUGAACUUUAAGUGAUGUAGUGUUUAACUAAUGCACUGCAAUGGUUCUAGUUAUUAACCGUAACAAUAUUCAAAUCAAGCAUCACACUGAUUGUCAUAUCAAACAACAUUUUUCCAACGCAAAAACCGAAAACCGAUAUCGAUAUCAAAGCUUUUUAUACUAGUAUUUAAGGGCGUAGUAAAUGUAAAGAAUUAUCGUCCGCAUCACACGCUUAAACCUAAGUAAUGAAACUAUUGAAUUUGUUCCACACACAAACGUAACUAUAAUUUAUACUUAUACUUAAAUAAA